AGGUUCAAGAUGGCGAAAGCGGGUUUGACGUUUUUGACAGUUGCAAUAAAAUCGAAAAAAAACGGACUUUGAUGGAUUUUCUAAUGAUGUGACAAUUUGUCAUGACAUUUACAUCGGAAUCCAAGAUUUCAUUGUCGAGCAAUAAUGUUUCAGAGCGUACGAUACGUUUUAUUGCAGUUUUGCGCAACUAGCCUCCUCGGAGUUGUCUCGUGUACCGGUGACAGACUCGUCGAUAAUAGUAAAAACAACGUGAUUCGCGCAUCUUUCGAUAAUUUGACUCACGCCAUCAUAGGCGGUCUCAGUUGGAUUUUGGUGUUAAUAUUGUCGAAAAAAUCCGUGUUUCCAAACAUUUACAGUGUUAUUUAUUGCACAGCUAUAUCGUCUCUCAUCGAUUUGGACCAUUUCAUAGCAGCCGCGAGUUUGAAACUACGAGAUGCAACGCAUUUGGACAGGAGACCGUUUCUGCACAAUACAACAAUACCGUUGGUGCUCUGGAUCGUACUGAUGCUUUCUUCAAGGUCAUUCAAUUCACCGGGUCUUAAUAACUUCGCGUGGAUCGUUCUUACCAGUUUUUUAAGUCACCAUAUUCGUGACGGUAGUCGACGAGGUUUAUGGUUUGCACCGUUUGGCUCAACGCCUCCGAUACCUUAUUAUUUGUACGUAGCAUUUAGUAUGGGCUUACCUUAUAUCAUUUAUUGGUUAAUGUUUCUAAUCGGAGCGCCGAUAAUCAAAGAUCGAAAUUAUCAACCUUUGAAUAUAGUUUGAAAUAAAUACAACACCUAUUAUUGCA